AUGAUAAUUUUUAGAACUUUAUUGAAAUGGAGAUUUUCUACUCACACUAAUUAAAUUAAUUUUGCAUUUCGAGACCGGUUUGAGAAUCAAUCAGAUAGUGACAUCGAUAUAUUUGAUUUUCCAAAAGAGGAUGUGAGAAUAGUUUAAAAUGAAUCAGAACUAAUGACACUUAUUAGUUAGCAUGUAGAUCCCAAAGUUUUGAUCGAUAUAUUCAACAAGAAUAGAAGUAUAUUUGGUAUAUAGCAUUGCUAACUUACAAUUCGUAUUAUCGCACAUUUUUUGUCCUCUGUGAAAAUUUAUGAAAAUGAACCUACAUUUCAUUAAGGAAUGGGGGAAAUAUCGAAUUUCUUAAAUAGUUAACUAGAUGAAUUUUCUCCAAUGGAUUUGAUUGAGUUGCUUUGUUUCAAAUCUAAAUAUUAAUUGAAGGGCCAAUAGUAAUUGCUUGAAAAUAUUGAUGAUUAAAAAUUAGCGAAUAAUUUAAAUUAGAUGCUACAAGAUAGCUCUGAUUUUAGUAUUAGACAUUACAUAAAUAUUUGGUAUGACUCCCAAGUUUUAAACAUGAAUUUACCAUUAAUUAAUUCAUUAGUUGAAGAUCGCUUAAACACUGAACCUCUUUCACCUAUGGAAGUAGUACUUUUAAUACGGUGUGAGAUGAUGAAAUCCUAGAAGAGAAAAUUUGUUAAUUCUGCAUUGAUUGAAUUCUGUAUUUCUCAUUAUGAUGGGAAUUCACUUUUUUACGAUUUUUAACAAGUCACUCAAUUUUACAUUAUGUUACUUAAGGUGAAAUAUCAGUACUUAAAUCCAUAUUUAGAGUCACAUCCUAUUCUCAUAAAAAUGAGAUAAUCCUUAAUUGACAAUCUAACAGUGAUGGAUGAACAUACAAUCUUAUCAAUCAUAGCUAAUUAUUAAUUGUUGCCAGUUGAUGUUCCUCCUGUUUUAGAAAACAAAAUCAAAGAGUUCUUAUUUAAAUAAUUAAGUUUGAGACCUUAAAAAAUAUCUGUCUAUUUAAUUUAAUAAUUUUUGAUUAAUCUCUAAUCAAUUUGUACUCCUUUAGAAGUUGAAAAGUUAAUUGAUGAAAUUAUUUCAAAAUUGUAAUCAGAAACCCAUCUGCCUUCACUUACAAUAGCCAACAAAAUAGCACAGAUAAUCUUAGGUUUAUGCAAAUUAAAUUUAACAAUUAAUUUUAGAUCAAAAGUGACUGUAUUUUCUGAUUAUGUAAGUUAAGUUUGUAAAUUGGAAUAUUCAGAGAAUGGUCUUCUAUAUUUAAGAUUUAUCUGUGGAUAGGAAGUUGAUUGCUUUCUCACUAAAGAGAAUGCAUUCCACCAUCCUCUUCAUUCGUUUGCUGUCACCACAAAUGAAAAACUUAAAUAAAGCUUAAAUGAAUUUUUAAUAAAGAAAAUCCAAGAAAACCCUCUGAAAGUUAUACACGACAUAUUGAACUUCUAAUACUAAUAUUAAUAGAUGUUCAAAGAUUUGCUUCCUACAAUUAUAAUGGAAUUUAUGAAAAAAGCACAUUAUUAAGAAAGGCACCUUUCUUCUUUAUUUAAAUUGUUGAAUGAUGUUUAGUCAUUGAAUCUCUUAAAAGAUUGCCUCUCAUACAAAAAGUCAGACCUCUAUCGAUUAGCCCUUAGAUAACAUAACUUAACUGAAUUAUAGGCUUAAAUUUUUGGUAGCCGAUUAAUUUAAUAAGUUGAAAAAUUUCAUAGACAUGGUGUGUUGAAUGUAAUGUUAAAUUCUAAUCUGGCUAUUUUGGUUGGAAGGAAGAAUCCUGAAGUUUUGACUACAAUAAUAAGCAUUAUAAAAUAGUAAAAUGAUGGACUUGAAACUUAUUCAUUUUGCAAGUACUUAAAAGAUCACAAAGUGGAUUACAGAAAAGUAUUAUAGCAUUCACAACGCAGAGCUAGAUUGGAAAAAAUAGAAGAUCUUUAUAAUUCUCAAAAAUGUGUUGAGAAGAGAUUGAUGUUAUUAUACAUAUUAUUUUUUAACUGA